UAAGUAUUGCGAUGUAUCGCGCCGGCUGAGCCGCACGUGCGUGCGAAUUGAAAAGAUUGUGACAAAACUCGAUGAUUUUUUGUGAAUGAAAUUACCCUAUUAAUGUGCUAGUGACAUCUAACAUUGAGCAAUUUGAACCGUCUAACAAGGUCACAUGCAUCCAAUAACGGAAAGCAGGAAGUAAAAGCUUCCAAAAUCUAAUAGAUUUAGAUUUCAACGCGAAGUGGACGAGAUGAAAAUGGCCAAAGAAUGUUACGUUUAUUUCCACUAGCAGAUUUAGAAAGGGCGCACCCCUAAUUCUGACUCACUUUUUAAAAAUAACUUCUGGAGCAGGGUCCCGGUACUUCAUCAUCAUACGCUCAGGAUUGUUGAAAAAAUGUUCAAAUUACUGUCGGGAAUAAUUGCUGCAGUGGCAAUAGUAACGGGGGUGUUUAUACCAAUUUAUCUUCAGCGAGUGCCAGACAUGCCAAACUUGGACCAUCAAAGGUGGUGGGGUGUUGGGAAAAAAACGGAAGACGAAGAUACAUCCAUAAGGCCGUUUAAAAUUGAGUUCGAUGAUGCGAUGAUUGAAGACUUAAGACGAAGACUACGGAAUAAGCGUCCGUUAACAAUGCCCUUGCAAGGAAUACAAUCUCAAUACGGAAUAAACACGAUAUAUUUAGAAAAGAAGCUUAAGUAUUGGAUGGAGGAGUAUGAUUUCAAGAAGAGAGCUGAACUGUUAAACGCUUAUCCUCAUUUUAAGACUAAGAUUCAGGGUUUGGACAUUCAUUUCAUAAGGGUGAAGCCUCAUGUUACGGAUAAGAAGGCGUUACCGUUGCUAAUGAUGCAUGGUUGGCCUAGUUCGUCGAAGGAGUUUGAUAAAGUCAUACCGCUACUGACGACGCCAAGGAAAGGAUACGACUUUGUAUUCGAAGUCGUUGCAGUGGACCUUCCUGGAUUUGGGUUUUCCGAAGGUACAACCAAGCCAGGCCUGAACCCAGCCCAGAUGGCGAUCAUGAUGCGAAACUUAAUGAGACGGAUCGGUUUCUCCAAGUUUUACAUACAAGCUGGAGAUUGGGGCUCGCAGGUCGGCAGCCAUAUGGCAACUAUAUUCCCGGAUGAAAUAUUAGGAUUCCAUACAAACAUGCCGACGUCUUCACGACCAUUAACCUACGUAAAAAUUCUAGUGGGAUCUUGGUUUCCCUUCAUGUUUAAGCACGCGGAACGAAUAUACCCUCUUAGAAGAUCUAUUUCAGUUCUUGUGAGGGAGAGUGGGUACUUCCAUAUACAAGCUACGAAACCUGACACUAUCGGGGUGGCACUAACAGAUAGUCCUGCGGGGCUGGCAGGGUAUCUGAUGGAGAAGCUAGGCAUGUGCAGUAACCGCAAUCAGCUGGACACACCUCACAGUGGCUUGGAUAACUUGGACAUAGACGACGUACUAGACAUAAUCACUAUUGUCUGGGCCAACAACUGCAUAGUGACAGCGUCCAGGAUUUACGCUGAAGGUGUCACAGGAAUUUGGCCAGAAGUGAAAAUACUCCACAACAUACCCACUCCAGUACCGACGGCCGCGAUUAACUUCCUGCACGAAGUGACUUACCAACCGGAUUGGAUGCUGAAAGACAAGUACCCGAACCUGGUAAGGAGUACCACAUUAGACUUCGGAGGUCACUUUGCCGCACUGCAGACACCAGAGGUGUUCGCAAACGAUAUAUUUGACGCCACCGUUGCUUUCAUUGACUUCCACAAACGGAAUGUUAAGUAGAUAUACGUAAGACGUAAUUUUAAAAUUGACUGACGGAUUUAUGCUUGCGCGCAUUUAAGAUGCAAGGUUAGGUAUCAAGCUUCAUAUAAAAAAUGUUGUAUGAAAAAAGGCUUAUUUACUUGAACAAAUGUUCCAUCUUCACGCAUUACUUAAGCUUAUAUGGAGUUUACGUAGACAUUGAUCAUAUCUAAUUUUAUUUUAAGUUAUAUUUGUUGGCGGAUGAUUGACAGUUGUUAACUUUAAAAAGAAUUGAGUGAAUAAAUGAAUAUCCCCGGCCAAUCAAAUUGGCAUCUCGCUGAAAUGCAACCCGUUUCACGUGUGCUAUAUCAACUUAAUCCUGUCGGGUUAUUGGCCGACAUAAAAUUUUGGAAGGGAUUUUUAAAUUCCUGCCUAAAAUUGACGUGUGUUCCAUAUUUUUUAUGCCUGUCGAUUGCCCGUCUCUUUCCUUUUCGACGGUUAAGAAAAUGGGUAAAACUUAAAAUAAAAUUAGGUGGUGUGUACUGGAAUCAGCACCAUUGCGUCUGAAUAUAAAAGCAUUAUUUCCCUAGAAUUUAGUUUAAGGUACCGAUUUCAAACAGAAUAAUGUGAUUGAAAUAAAAUCAUUGUACGAGUCAGUGCGCGAGCAGGCAGUAAAAAUACAUCACAAUUUUCCUAUUAAGUAUUUACUUCUCGAUAAAUGUUUAUUUUCUUAAUAUUUACACAGGUUCUUCUAUAAAUAUUUCCCAUCAGUAAACAAUACGAUACACACUUCUGAUUGUUUAUUUGUUCAUAAUCAGAACAAGUAAUAAUAAUAUUUUAUAAAUUCUAGUCAUAAGAAAGACAUCUAUAUAAAAUAUAUCUUCCAGCGUGAAUAAAUAAAUAAACAGCAAUUGUUUAUCUAGAACUCAAUGAGAACUACUUACAAAUACUUAAUACAAUCUUUUACUGUGGUUUGAAUCGAGUAAUUAAAAUUGUCAUUGGGAUUGUGAUGUUCAAAGCCUAACCGCGAGUCAAAGGUUUACAUUCAAAAAGUUUGUCUUUUAAGUGAAUUCGGAGAGUACUUUGAGUAGUAGAAUAGAUAUUGUUUACAAUAAAAGGACGCCACACACUGGACGAAUACAAUAAACCUGAUAUUCUACGGACUCUACUGAGUGAGACACGAGGAUCGUGAUCCAUAUAUCUGUAGUGGUAAAUUAUUAUACAUUUUUAACUUAGUUCAAUGUAGUAUUAUUACAUAAUUAUUUAUUAUCAUUAUAAUUUACAGAAUGCUUCUUAAUUGUCAAUAAUUAUAUAAUAAACAUGUUCUCCACGGAUCAACGAAUCUUUGAAAGGAGAUUACAAUAGGGGAAGACAAAUAAUACACUAAAGUUGUUAGAAUAUUUAGUGAGUGUCUCUUCCUAAUACGACAAAUUAAAUAUAAUUUGACGACGAACAAAUGUUAUUUCACAAUUUUGUUGAUAAUGUACUUGGCACAUGUAACAAUACUAAUUAUCAAUAAAUAUUUUUUAUGAUUUUUC